AAUUGGUAAACAUUACAUGGACUCAAGCCCACGUAGCCAAUACCACUAAAGCGUAACAAUAACAACCAGCUUAGGUACGUCUACACAUUCUCUGCCACACAUUACCCUCCCACGACACUACUUUGGUAAAGCUAUCUGAAACAUAAACUACACCUCAGUUCAUUACAGCAAAUGAAGUAUUCGUAUUUUUCAACAUCCUUCAUCACCUUAACAAACGUCAACUACUAUGCCAUAAUUAUUACUAUAAUGUUACACAUACUCUGCAUACCAAUCAGCAGCAGCCUUCACCCAAUAGUUCUAGUCCCUGGGAGUGGUGGCAACCAGCUAGAAGCUCGGCUGACGGCAAAAUACAAGCCAUCGAGCCUUAUUUGCAGGGCAUAUCCAGGGCCUUUGCACAAAGAUAAAGAUGGUUGGUAUCGAAUAUGGUUCGAUGCGAGUGUUCUUCUUGCUCCUUAUACAAAGUGUUUUGCUGAGAGGAUGAUGUUACAUUAUGACCCUGUUUCUGAUGAUUACUUCAAUGCUCCUGGCGUUGAAACUAGAGUCCCGCACUUUGGUUCUACUCAGUCCCUUUCUUACCUUGAUCCCAACCUUAAGCUGAUCUCAGGAUACAUGGCACCUCUUGUAGAAUCAUUGGAAGAAAUUGGAUACAUAGAAAGCAAAACCCUCUUUGGAGCUUCAUAUGAUUUUCGUUAUGGCUUAGCCCCAGAAGGCCGUUCAUGCCAUGUCGGAUCCAAAUACCUUCAAGACCUCAAAGAUCUCAUUGAAAAUGCUAGUGCAGUGAAUGGAGGAAAACCAGUGGUAAUUAUAUCCCACAGUUUAGGAGGCCUAUUUGUCCACCAACUUCUUUUACGUAACACCCUAUCUUGGCGAGAGAAAUACAUCAAGCACUUCAUUGCACUAUCAACGCCGUGGGGUGGAACUAUUCAAGAAAUGCUCACCUUCGCGUCAGGGUACACCCUAGGAGUCCCGUUAGUCAAGCCAUUGUUAGUAAGGGAAGAACAAAGAAGCUCCGAAAGUAACUUAUGGCUCAUGCCGUGUCCUAGAAUAUUUGGACAUUCAAAGUCCCUAGUGAUCACCCCAAAUGCUAAUUACACUGCAAAGGACAUACCAAAAUUUCUUGCCGAUAUUGGAUUUUCGCAAGGUGUAUAUCCCUAUAAAACUCGAGUUCUACCCAUGGUUGAAAAAUUAACAGCCCCUAAGGUACCAAUCACUUGCAUAAUUGGAAGCGGAGUUGAUACGCCGGAGACUUUGUUCUACGAUGACAAGGGUUUUGAUAAGCAACCUUCUAUUAUAUGGGGUGAUGGGGAUGGAACAGUAAAUUUGUUGAGCUUGCUAGCAGUUCAAUCUGAAUGGAUGAAUGAGAAAAAUCAACCAUUAAAGAUCAUUAACAUAAAUGGGGUGUCACAUACGUCUGUAUUAAGUGAUCACAGAUCACUUGAUCAGAUUUUAGAGGUAGUUUCUGAAGUAAAUUCAGAUGUUUUGGAGUCAAAUUGUUUAAUUAAUGGAGGAAAACUAAAGAAUGUUUAAUACAAAGUACUAAAACAAGCCAUUAUAGCUUUUUGUACGUACAUUGGUUAUAUUUUGUGUCAUUACUUGCUAUACAUUGAUAUAGAUAUAAAUUGAGUAAUGCUUAUCUCAGCACGGUGCACGGGUUCAUAAACUUACAUGGGUACUCUUUUUUUUUAGCAUGUAUUCUAUUGGAUCUCAAGCCGGGCCGGUGCAACCUAUGCGCUUAUGAAGAGCCCAAAUACUAAAGGGUCUCAUUUUUGGCUUAAGUUACUGAAUUACUAAACUUAUGUGCACGGCGAUGUGUGUGGGGUUAAUGUACGAAAGCUUAGAUAUAUAUUUGUAAUUUUGACAUGACUUUUAAGGGCCGGUCGUGAAUGUAUCUAGUCUAGUAUAUAAAGCAUAGUUAGUGUAAAAAAAAA